AUGCCUCGUGUCCUCGCAUACUCGUUGGCAGGAGCUUCCAUGCUCUUUACAUUCAUUGUCACAAUUCUCAAUGGACUCUCCUAUGCCACCUUCCAAUCCUUGUCUACUUAUACUCCCACUGGCUUGGCCCCAGUUGGUCUGAGUGCUGUCAGCUGUGUGGCCUUGAUCGUGCUCAGCGUGUUGCUACACGACGAUAACCGGGCUGGCUACUGUUCGAUGCAGUGGAAAAUGGGGGUGUUUUACUUCACUAGUGCAUAUCUUCUGAUUGCCGCCGGCUCAACUGCGGGAGCAAUGGCAAGCAACACGCAAUUCAAUUCUUUGUCUAUUGCUCGCUCGGUCUUCUGGGCGAUCUCGGUGUUUACCCAGGGCUUGUACGGUGGGUAUCUCCUGAUGACCUGGUCUCAGAGGAGGUCUGAUCCAGAAUGGCCACGCUCAUACUCGCAUGAGCUCGGCUCUUCUACAAAUCUGGACACCGUCUCCUCUCCUCCCCGGGCUGUCUGUGAUCCCUGUGGGUCAGUUGGACUGAACCCUAAACGAUCCUCUCUCCGCAAAUUCCCUCGACGGUCGAGCCGUUACUCUGGUGGAACACUCUGCUUUCAAAACUCCGAGGAAGACAAAUAUGGAUCCAUCGACACUAGUUCCUCGACCUUGUCUCCGGAAACGUCCCCAAUUAUCGACAAAGUCAGCGAGUCUCUUGAACAUCGCGACACCAGACCCCUUCUGCGUGGCAGUGGUAGUAUCCGCAGUAUGCCGAGUCUGCGCCGCAACCAAGAGAUCAAGUUGUCGCUCGACACCUUGGUCCAGCCAUCCCCGACUGCCUCGACCCUCCACACCAACCCGUCUCAACAGACUCACAUUCAUCCGCUAUUCCGCUCGAACAGCCCUUCGCCGUCGCCCACCCCUACCCCUGGGACCAUGGUCAAGGCCUCCCCGUCUGCUGGACAGACGAUUACCACAAAGACGCUGACCCGCAUGCGAUCUGCUCGCUCGCUCCGAGACCAAACAAUGCGCACACCAUCCCCGCUGCCUGGAUUGGAAUUCGACGAAAGCACCGGCACCUACUUAGACCCGACACAGGGAGUGUCGGGUAUCCUCGCCGGCCAUGUCCGUCGAAACGUCUCGGAGUACGAGAAACGACACGACCUAAACGAAUCGGCCGAAGAAAAAUGA